AUGAAUCUAAACAGUGAGGGAUUUAAAAAUAGUAGAAUAUCCUUAGAUGGUCCUCGGGGUAUUUAUUAUUCUGGUCAAGUGAUAUCAGGAAAAAUUGAGUUCGAAUUAAAUCAAUCAUUGACAUUUACAGCUAUCAAUGUUGUUUACCAUGGAGGAGCAAGUGUGUUGUGGACUGAGCCUCAAACGGAAAUAUAUUCAGGUGUUAAAAGAUACACUCAAGUGGAGUACAGGGCAAAUGAAGAAUACUUCAAUACUGUGCAACAUUUAUGUGGUGGUAAUGGUACAUCUAUUCUGCAUCAAGGUUCCCAUUCUAUACCAUUCGAGUUUCAGAUACCCUUCUCAGUGCCUUCAUCCUUUACCAGUCCUAUAGGGAAUGUGACAUACAAAAUUAGCGCGUACUUAGAGGCACCACCACUAAGAGAGGAACUAGAAAGAACUUUUGAAGUUGUUGCUCCUUUGGAUCUGAAUAAAGAUGAGAGCGGGGAUGCACAGCAACCAAUUGAAAUGCAGUUUGAAGAAAUGUAUAGUUGUUGCUGCAGUACGCAGCCCAUCUCAAUCGGCGUGAAGCUCCCUGUCUCCGGCUACUGUCCUGGACAACCUAUGCCCAUCACGAUAAAUGCAGACAAUAACUCUAGCACAGAGAUAUCUAAGAUAAUUUUCCAAUUAAUUAUGAAGGAAAGGUAUCACAGCCGUAACCCAGUUUCGGAGUACACUCCACCCGAGAAACUCCUCGCCACAAUGAAGAAAGGCCCGAUCAUGGGUAACUCGAAGCGCGUCUACACAUUCGAAAUGCCAGUGCCGGAGAUGAUAGCACCCCAUCUGGACAAUUGUGGCAUAAUUGACUUGGGAUAUUUCUUUAAGGUAAUAAUUAAACUAUCGGGCUGUAACGACGACAUGGAAGACGAAAGUGAAAUAUACAUUGGACUCAUACCCUUGGAAAUAACAACUAGAGGGAACAUAUAUGUGCACCCAAUGAGUCACAGCUUACCCAAAGACCCCAUCCCGGACCCCAAUUCCGCACCCAACUUCACAAGUCUACCUGUAUACAUGUCCGGGGGCAUGGGAACAGAAAACAGGUCAAGUUCUACGAAUUUGGUCAACACAAACAGUUGUACUCCUUAUGGUAGCAGGAGCAAUAUGAGUACGUCCACUGUGCACUCUGUCAAUGCAAUGCCAUCAGCCCCUUACCCUGUUCAGGAGAACCCUAGGCCUUACGAAAUAGGGUUCAAAAUAUAG